AAGAGAGAAAUGCCGAUAACCGGCAUUUCCCUAUUUACAUGUGAUCAUCUGUGAUUGGACACAGCUGAUCACAUGACCGAGCCGACAUCCUCGGCUCUUUCCGUGAUUGGUGAUCCGCUGUGUCCGAGGGACACAGCGACCGCUGAUCGCCGUGCUGCGUGCUCCCUGAGCUGUGCAUGCGCGGUGAGAAUGGGAGGACAGCACAUAAUGUGAAACAGCACACAGAUAACCCUUUGAUCACCCCACAU